GUCUCGGAGCGCGGUGUGCUGGAACGCCACCAUCAGUGCCUGCGACUUUUGGCCACGGUCCUUGCUGUUGCAGGAACGCAUGCAAGAGCUUCGUCUGCGUGCUGAUGUCUUGGGCUACAACGCCACGCUGAGCACCCUGGAGAAGGGUGGUCAGUGGAGGCUUGCCUUGGAAACGUUCCGAACGUUGGGGCAGCACCCGCUGGGACCGGAUGCCAUCUCUUUCAAUUCCGUCAUCAGUGCUCUCGAGAAAGGCUUCCAAUGGCAGCUGGCCACGAAAAUGUUGACUGAGAUGCCCUUGGUGGACAUCCGGCCCUCAGCGAUUACCUUCAAUGCCACGAUCAGCGCGUGCGAGAAGGGAGAGAAGUGGGCCUUGUCCCUGGCCAUACUGGAGAACAUGGUCGAGCAGCAGGCCGUGCAGCCAGAUGUGGUGUCGCACAAUGCUGCUAUCGCAGCAUGUGAGAGCGCAAGGGAGUGGGAGAUGGCCCUGGCGGUUUGUGACCUGUUGCCACAGCGGAGCUUGUGCCCGACUGUGGUCACCUGCAACUCCUGCAUCAGCGCAUGCGAGAAAGGCCUUCAAUGGGAGCUCUCGCUGCGGCUCCUUGCAGGCUUGCCGACGCUGAACCUUGUGGCGGAUGAGAUCAGCUACAGCGCGGCCGUUCUCGCGUGCGCGAACUCCAGCAGAUGGGAGUCGGCUUUUGCUCUCUGGGACACCUGCUUGCAGCAAGGCAUCUCUCCUUGCAUUGACAGCCCGCUCCACUUCACGUUGCUCAUGCUCAGUGAGCAGCACGCGCUGCGCAGCCGCGAGCGCGAGCUGCUGUGUCGGCUGCCAAAGACGGGCUGGUCCGGUAGCAUCCCGGUCCAGAACAUCUUGGCCUUCCACCUCGCAGUGGAGGGCCGGGCCGCGGUCUCUGUCCAAGCGGCCGGUGAGCAGCAGAAUCCGUUGGGACUUCGAAUUCGCGCUGCAUGUGGGGCUUGGGACCUGGCUUCCAGCAGAAAAAAAGGCUUUGCACGAGUGAGUGUCCAGGAAGCUGCAGGCAAGGGAAUAUUGUGGCACGAAACGAGAUCUGACAAUUCAGGUUUGCCUCAGAGAAGCUUAAGCCGAUUUAGCAUCCAGGACGAGGUUACUGAGACAUCGUAA